AAACAGCCAGAAAGGCCCUUUCAGAAAUGUCUGUCGCACAUGCUUUCCCCUCUCAGACCCUUCAGAGACUUCCUGUUGCUCCGAGGGCACUCAUCCCAGCCGAGCAGGCCCACCAGGCCCCAACAGCACUACCUGGCUGGGGUCACAUGCGGGUCUCCUGGCCCUGGCAGGUGGGAGGAGGAGAAGCACGAAGACAGGGUGAAGUGGAGACAGCUGGAGCACAAGGGCCCGUACUUUGCACCCCCAUAUAAGCCCCUUCCCAAUGGAGUGCGUUUCUUCUAUGAUGGAAAGCCUGUGAGAUUGAGCGCGGCAGCAGAGGAGGUCGCCACUUUUUAUGGGAGGAUGUUAGAUCAUGAAUACACAACAAAGGAGGUUUUCCGGAAGAACUUCUUCAAUGACUGGCGAAAGGAAAUGACGGUGGAAGAGAGGGAAGUCAUCAAGAGCCUGGACAAGUGUGACUUCACGGAGAUCCACAGAUACUUUGUGGACAAAGCCGCAGCCCGGAAAGUCCUGACCAGGGAGGAGAAGCAGAAGCUAAAAGAAGAGGCAGAAAAACUUCAGCAAGAGUUCGGCUACUGUAUUUUAGAUGGUCACCGAGAAAAAAUAGGCAAUUUCAAGAUUGAGCCGCCUGGCUUGUUCCGUGGCCGUGGCGACCAUCCCAGGAUGGGGAUGUUGAAGAGAAGGAUCACGCCAGAGGAUGUGGUUAUCAACUGCAGCAGGGACUCGAAGAUCCCCGAGCCGCCGGCGGGGCACCAGUGGAAGGAGGUGCGCUCCGAUAACACUGUCACGUGGCUGGCAGCGUGGACCGAGAGCGUUCAGAACUCCAUCAAGUACGUCAUGCUGAACCCUUGCUCGAAGCUGAAGGGGGAGAAAGCUUGGCAGAAGUUUGAAACAGCUCGACGCCUGCGGGGAUUUGUGGACGAGAUCCGCUCCCAGUACCGGGCCGACUGGAAGUCUCGGGAAAUGAAGAUGAGACAGCGGGCGGUAGCCCUGUAUUUCAUCGAUAAGCUGGCGCUGAGAGCAGGAAACGAGAAGGAGGACGGUGAGGCAGCUGACACCGUGGGCUGCUGUUCCCUCCGCGUGGAGCACGUCCAGCUGCACCCAGAGGCUGAUGGCUGCCAACACGUGGUGGAAUUUGACUUUCUGGGGAAGGACUGCAUCCGCUAUUACAACAGAGUGCCGGUGGAGAAGCCUGUGUACAAGAACUUACAGCUCUUUAUGGAGAACAAGGACCCCGGGGACGACCUCUUCGACAGGCUGACCACGACCAGCCUGAACAAGCACCUCCAGGAGCUGAUGGACGGGCUGACGGCCAAGGUGUUCCGGACCUACAACGCCUCCAUCACUCUGCAGGAGCAGCUGCGGGCCCUGACGCGCGCCGAGGACAGCCUAGCAGCUAAGAUCUUAUCCUACAACCGAGCCAACCGAGUCGUGGCCAUUCUCUGCAACCAUCAGCGAGUGACCCCCAGUACGUUCGAGAAGUCGAUGCAGAAUCUCCAGACGAAGAUCCAGGCAAAGAAGGAGCAGGUGGCUGAGGCCAGGGCAGAGCUGAGGAGGGCGAGGGCCGAGCACAAAGCCCAAGGGGAUGGCAAGUCCAGGAGAGCCAGGUGUACAGGAUGGAACAUGAAGGCGGACUAGAGCAUGACCACUGAAGCACAGCAUCACAGGGAGACAGGCCUCUGGAUAACUGCGGGCGAGCCUCACUGGUGUCAGACCCUCCACAAGAGGUGGAGGAGCAGAGUCUUCUCUAAACUCCCUGGGGGAAAGGGAGACUCCCUUUCCCAGUCUGCUAAGUAGCGGGUAUUUUUCCUUGACACUGAUGCUACCGCUAGACCAGGUCCGCCUGGCAAGUGAUGUCUUCCCAGACGCUGGCGUCACCACUAUACCAAGGAGCCCUCUGGUGGCCCUGUCCGGGCGUAACAGAAGGCUCGCACUCUUGUCUUCUGGUCGCUCCUCACUAUGUCCCCUCAGCUCCUAUCUCUGUAUGGCCUGGUUUUUUCUUAGGUUAUGAUUGUGGAGCGAGGAUUAUUAUAAUAUUGGAAAAAAAACAGUAAUUGCUACAAACUAAUGAUUAAUGAUAUUCAUAUAUAAUCAUAUCUAUGAUCUAUCUAUAGUAUAACUAUUCUUACAUAUUUUAUUAUACUGGAACAGCUCGUGCCCUCGGUCUCUUACCUCAGCACCUAGGUAGCUUGCCACCCACACCAACCCAGAUGUGGCAGCUUCAGAUGUGCCUUCCCACGGCCAGUUUUGUUUUCCUCUUCAAUUGUUAUUUUGUGAUUUUUUUUUUUUUGAGACGGAGUCUCUGUUGCCAGGCUGGAGUGCAGUGGUGUGGUCUCAGCUCACUGCAAUCUCCACCUCCUGGGUUCAAGUGAUUCUCCUGCCUCAGCCUCCCAAGUAGCUGGGGUUACAGGCGCCUGCCACCACACCCGGCUCAUUUAUUUAUUUGGCAGAAACGGGGUUUCUCCAUGUUGGCCAUGCUGGUCAAAUUCCUGGCCUCAAGUGAUCCUCCUGCCUCGGCAUCUCAAAGUGCUGGGAUUACAGGCAUGAGCCACUGCACCUGGCCAACUUUGUGAUUUUUAAAAAUACAAACUGUAUGCCUUGUGGACAAGAGUGGGACCUAUGGAGCCGUGGGAGGAGGAGACCCUGGCCGCCGAGGAGGUUUGUGAUUGUCAUUGUGGAGUCAGGAAAUGAGAAGAAGGUGCUGGACUCUUCUCCAGGGCGGCAGCACCAUCCCCUCCCCACCAGCAGCACGUGAGAGCUCUGAGUCCUCUGUCCCGGUGCCACUAUAGGCUCAGUUUUCCAUGUGUCGAUUAGAGCCCAGUGGGUGUGAAGGAGCGUCUGAUCGCGGGUGCUCUUUGCAGGUGCUUACUGCCCGUUUCUGUAUCGUCUGGAGAAUGACUGCUCAGGUCCUCUGUCCGUUUUCCGGUCGGGUUGUUGUUUUAUUAUUGACUUGUAAGAGCUUGUCAAUGUUUCUCCCACUCUUGGGUUGUCCUUUGUUCAUUUUUUUUUUCCUUUAGAGACAGAGCAUCGCUCUGUCAC